GUGAAUCAUCGACGGAGAGAGAGAGAGAGCGAGAGAGAGAGGUGCCUGUAGAGUGAUGGGACCCGGCUGAGGAACAGCAGCGAGUGAUCACUCUCUGAGCUGGUAAUGACAGGUAGACAGAUGUGAAGGAUGACUUCUUGCUCAGAGAUCUGUGGGUCGGAGUAUACCGAGCAAGCUCAAACCCGCGGGAACUGCCAACAGUAUGGGGUCCGCUCCUACCUACACCAGUUUUAUGAGGAGUGCACGGCUUCUAUCUGGGAACGUGAUGAAGAUUUUCAGAUUCAGAGAUCGCCUAGCAGGUGGAGCUCUUUACUCUGGAAGGUCUGUCUCGCGUUCGGCACCCUGAUCUUGCUUGCUGGCCUCAUUGUUGUUUUGGUGGGUUAUGCCACUCCAGUCAGGAUUGAAGCAUUUGGCGAAGAUGAUCUCCUUUUUGUUGACAGUCAUGCAGUCAGCUUCAACCGUGCACUGGAUGUCUGUAAACUGACUGGUGCUGUGCUGUUCUGUGUGGGAGGAACCUCCAUGGCUGUGGGUCUCCUGCUGUCAGCCUUUGCCAAAAGCUACUCCAAAGAAGAACUGUAUCUGCAGCAGAAGUUUAAGGAGAGGUUGGCAGAUCUGCACGCAACAGUUGGUACCCCCAUAAUGAGAGCACCGACCCCUGGGGAGGGAAAGGUGCCAGUCACACUUUCCAAAGUCCAGAACAUCCAGCCAACAACCACAAAGUCAGAGACCUGAUGGAAGUCAAGAUGAAGGCAUGAAGUGCAGAAGUGUGUGUGAGGACUGGGUUAUUGGUGUGCAGACUGUGCGUGAGUGCAAACACGUGUCAGUCUAUGUGCAUUUCUUCUGUUGAAAGGUCAGCUUACAUAACUGAUAGUAUCGAUUUUUCAUCUUUUUCAUUAGCUGUGUUUGAUAUUAAGCUUGAUUUAAAGGUUAUACAGGUGCAGAGUUAAUAUAGCUGAGCAAAGUUUAAGUUUAAGUCUGCUGUUUGAACAUCAGUUUUCAUGAAAUUCAUAGUGGUCUGACAAAGCACAAGCAGGCUUGGAGCUCUACCUAGAAAGUAAACUGCAAGAAGAAAUCGAUAGAACACAGCAGCUGAACAACAACAUCAUAGUUUCCACUGAGUAUUUCUCUGUUGAGAGGAUUCACAUUUUUGUGAAAGAGAUUAUGUUACUGCUAGAGGGUGUAAAGCACCACAUGCAGUGCUUGAAGUUACUGGUGACUGGCUCCGAUACACUGAAACGAUCAAAAAAAAGUACUGAAGACAACAACCAUUUUCUUUGCCUAGCAUCUAAAAGUACAUCAGAGGUUGUGCAGAAUACUUUGUGAGUACAUGCGUACGUAAUGCAACCAUUAUAACACUCACAGUGAGAGCAUUUGAUCAAAACUGCACAAUAUGUAUACCUGCGCUUUAGCUUAGUAAUACUUCUUUUAAGCGCUGUUUAUGUGCGACAACAGGUACAGACAGUUGACAGAUACUUUGCUUGGAGUUCACAUGUCAUCAGAACAGAUUAGAGAUUAGAACAGUCCUCAAGGCCAGAUUUCACACUGACAUUUUCUUUUGCCUCAUUAGGCCUCUGACCUUGUCUCUUUCAGCAAAUCCUCAGAAAAGAUCGAUAGACAAGACCAGACAUAUUGAUGAAAAGUAUAUUGAAUUAGACUAGACAUGCAGAACAUUGUCUGUCACUUAAAGAAAAAACAAAACAAAACAAAAAAAUAAUCAGACAGAAUACUUUCUAGAUCAUACAAAUAAGGCAUCAGUCAUGCCUUCUAUUUUGUUUUCUUUUUCACUCCAUCACCAAUGCUUGUCCUUUCCUUGCCUCCUUUGCUCCCUGUUAGAAACACAAGCAUGAGCUGGUAAAAAGGAAGGUGUGCCGCUGCUGCAUGUUAAAAUGAAGAGGCGCCUCCAACAACGUGACAGAUGUGUUACACAACAGGGGGAUGAAUGGAGCACACUCAUCUCUCCAGUGAGCUGCAUUGUCUUUACAGGCCUCAUUGUUUUCUGUCUGCCUGGAUCCACACAGGCUUUAGAUAAAUUUACUGCCUCCCCGUGCUCACACACAAAACUCGAAACUACACAGGAUAUUCUGAAGUAAGCUCAACAGGAUACAGCAUCAGAUACUAUAGAAAUGUGUCAUCAUACUUCCAACCGCAGUAUGUGUGAAAAAGAAGUUGCAACAAGUUUUUUUCAGUCUGUUGUCAGAAAGUUUAGUACUAACAAACUGUACAUAACAAGCUGUUAAUGCUCAUGUUUUGCUGCUUUUUAAAUAUUUUGUCUACCAGUAUUUUAAAUAUAUUUUGACCAUGCCACUUUAUGUUUGGUGUUGUUGGUAUGUUUACCCAAUGAAUUUACUGAAUACAGAAACAAAACAUACUGUAACCGCCCCCGCCCCCAACACACACUUUUUUAUUUUUUAAAACUGUUCUUGGUUAGAAUAAUGUUAUAAUGGUAGUCACAGUUCAAGUGCCAUGAAACUACAUGCCUCCGACUGUGCAUCAAUGCUGCUGGUCCUUCCAAACAAUUUCCUCUGUUCAAAUCCAUACAGCAGCAACACCAGAUACUUACUGUGUAAAAUGUUCAUGUAAGUUGACCUUUUAAUAUUAGUCUCACAACGUACACUUUCCUGCAUUUCUACUUUGAAAAUAAAAUCAGUGAUGUCAUUUUAACACAUUUGGUCUCAGAAACAACACAAACAUAAAUAUAAGAACAACAAUAUACUGCAAACUAAGAAAUUUUCAAAGAACUCACUCAACCACAGCAAAGCUGCAAACAAACACUAUAAGAAGAAAAAACAAGCUGCUAUAAACAAGCCCUCCAGUGUGGUCAGAGCAUUAGUAAGUGAUCAAUAAAUGUGAUGACUCGUAGUUCCAUGCUGUGAAUUGUGAGUUUAUUUUUAGCCUUAUAUCAACCAAAGUUGAGUUCUGCAUAACAAUCCCAAAUCCACAGUACACAUUUUUAUCCUCUGAAUCUGCCCGUCAAGAAAUGGUCUCCCAGUUUCAGUGUUUUCUGACGUAACAGUGGAUUCCCUCAGUAAAUAAAAAGUAUGCUGUAACUAUUGGAUGUCAGAUUGGAUAAACAACAAAUAUAUUUCAAUGUCUAUAUACAGUAAGCUAUGUCUAUUUUUCAAAGAACAAUAAAACUGAAAUAUACGCA